AUAAACAGACUGCAACCUGCUUGGAAUUCCACCUUUUUGUCAGACUUAAUCACAGCUACCUAACAGCUAAAUAAGUGUAAGGUUUUCUCCGCAAACAGCAGUAGAACUGCACAUCUUGUUGAGGACGGACGGCAGGGUUAGAUAUUAGCAGACAAACCGAACAGUUUCUAUCCUGUGUUAUAUGCAAGUUCAAAUAUCGAUAGUAGAAUAGUCAAAAACAGGCUCUAGCGCCUUUUACAGUAUGCUAAACAGACAUGGGGUUGGGGAGCUUACAGAUUUGGUGUCUUCCUUGUCACAAAUAUCUAUCUCCGAUUUAACUGGCUCGCUGUCACGCAGGCUAACAAGCUGUCCGUCUGGGUCCAUCGCGGCAGCACCAUUUCCGCACAGCUACACAACUAAUUUGAUUACACAUAGAACGGAUAACCACUCACAGCUAAUUGACGUCUAGCUUUAUCUUGUGAGAGCAACAUUAUGUACAAGAACGACGCCGCAAAAACUCUAGAGAUACCUACAACUUAUGGGCAGAACUGGAUAAACAAACUUUUACGACACUAGCAGCAGUUAACGGCAGGCUAAUCGAAGCCACUGAGUGUUGACAUGUCUGAAGAUUGGUUGGCAUUGCUGCCAAACAGCCAGUCAGAAGAUGGUUGCUUGGUACAGAGCAAGCACCUCUCUAGUGAGGCUCAUAUUAUUUUAAGUACACUUGAAAACUGCAUCAGUAAAAUUAAGACCGCAGCAGCUCUGCCCGCUCUCCUCCACCUUAACAGUAAGUCUGAGAUUGUUGACAAGGACUUGAGCAAGGCACUUGAAAAACAUCGGAUUUUAGUGGAAAGACUGGAGAAACUAGAAAGUCUAAAACAGGAGUCCGUUGAAGAACAAAUAAGAGAUGCCAGGAUCGGAGGAGAGAAGGAGAGAGCUCAGCUUGGGAAUGAUCUCAAGAACUCUGUCAGGGAUAUUCUCCGUUAUUGCCGAGCCCAUUCAGAUGGCAUUAUUGGCUUGAGGGCAGAACUAGAUAUAAAAAUAGAGGAAAAGGAGUACAAAUUAAUUAAAGGAUUAAAGGUGCUUCAUAGCCAAAUGGUAGAAAAGUUUCUGAUCAGCCCGGACGAGGAGCUACAGCUCAUCACAAAGCAGAAAGAGUUUUCAUCCUCUGCAAAAGAUCUGGAGAAAAAUAUUGCACUGGAGGAAGAAGAAGUAGCUAAAGCUAUACAGCAAGUAGAUGCUGAGAUUUCCCAGAAAGAGAACACAAUCAAACACUUGGAAAGUUUGCUGCAGGCGUGCAGCCCUCAAGAAGGUGAUGUAUCAGAUGAUAACAUGUCGCCUUUUGAAGACAAACAGGUGCAGGCACACAUUCAGGUGUCAAAGCUGAAGCAGGACCGUUUACAGCAGGAAAUUGAUCAACUGAAAAUUCAGCUCAAAAAUGUUGUGCUUGAGAACAGACAGGCUGAGAGAUUACUCCAAGAGAAAAAUGAAAAGAUGCAAGGGAAAAUUGACUCCUUAAUCCAAAAGUUUGACAACGAAAUAGGAGAAAUCCAGGCCAAACUGGAGGUGAAUGAAAAUGCUUAUGAAAUGGAGGACAAUGAGCGGAAGAAGUUUGAGAAACCCUUUUCUACCCUGGAGAUGGAGUACAAUCAGAUCCAGGAGAGGAGGCGGCUGGCUGAAGAGAAGAGACAGGAGGAGAUCAGAGAGCUGGAGUUGAAGACCAAAGCUGCCAUUCUGAUCCAGGCCUGGUGGAGAGGCUACAGCGUUCGCAAGGCCUUAAAGAACAAGGCCAAAAGCAAAAAGGCCAAAAGGGACAAAGGAAAGGGCAAAGGCAAGAAGACCAAAUAAACCAUGCCUUAUUGCAUCAGUGUUUCUUUGCCAAGACACACUCCUCUUGUAGAGUGUGAAUGUUGUUUUCUUUUUAAAUGAAGUAUUUAUGUUUCCAGCAAGUAUUUCCUGUUUUGUGUGUUGAGUAGUUUCUGUGGCUCUGUGUUACUUAUAAAAACAAAAACAUUCUGA